ACAGCAUUAGUGGAUGAGUGAUGUGUGUGCGGAUUGAGGAAGCAUUUUGUUCGAUUUCUUGCAAUCUGUUUCAUAAUAUAUUAGUGAAAUUGUGAAGUGUAACUGUUCUUCUUGUAUUAUAAAACACUAAGUCCAGAAUUGAUUGAAUAGAUCAAGUGGGAUGAGACCCCCAAGUGGGAAUUGGAAAGACUGGAGACCAUUCGUCUAUGGUGGACUAGCAUCAUGCAUAGCAGAAUGUGGCACCUUCCCUGUAGACACGACUAAAACUCGACUUCAGAUUCAAGGGCAGAAGCUUGAUCAUGCCAACUCCAACAUUCGAUACCGUGGCAUGCUCCACGCGAUGUUCCGCAUCGGUCGAGAGGAGGGUUUCCGGGCGCUGUAUUCAGGAAUCUCACCAGCGCUGCUGCGGCAAUCCACCUACGGUACGAUUAAAAUUGGCGUAUACUAUUCGUUGAAGACCCUCCUUGUUCAGAAACCUGAAGCCUCCAAGCAUUCCGCUGCAUCUAUUGUGAUCUAUGAGACCUUCGGUAUGGACGUGGUUUGUGGUGUUUUUGCCGGGGCGAUCUCUGCGGCCGUUGCCAACCCGACUGAUGUCCUGAAAGUUCGGAUGCAGGCAAGCAGUGGAGACUUUGCACAGAUCACCAUGUUGCAGGCAUAUCGCAAUAUCUAUGCCAAAGAGGGUUUGAAAGGCUUAUGGAGGGGGGUUGGUCCCACGUCUCAAAGAGCUGCUAUAGUUGUGGGUGUGGAGCUACCUGUCUAUGACAUUUCAAAGAAACACCUGAUAUACAAUUUUAACUAUGGUGAUGACAAGGUUGUUCAUUUUGUAUCAAGUUUUAUAGCCGGUCUGACUGGUGCUAUUGCGUCAAAUCCCAUUGAUGUCGUCAAGACCCGGCUCAUGAACCAAAAACGGCCUGUCAAGGGCGCAGUGCUGGCUACACCAGUGGCUGGAUCCCCGGCGAUAUUAUACACAAGUGCUUUCGACUGUAUAUGUCAGACAAUAAGACAUGAAGGACCAAUGGCACUGUAUAAGGGAUUCAUCCCUACAUGGGUCAGACUCGGACCAUGGAAUAUCAUUUUCUUCAUGACCUACGAACAACUAAAGAAGAUUUAUUGACGAGCCGCCCAGACUUAGCUGUGAUUUUAAAGAUGUGAUAAAUUGGUGCCUGGUUCUCAGCGAUGAUGUUGGUGGCAGCACCUCCAGAGUACCAGUCUGCCGCUUCAUAAUGAGACAAGUCAGGAGGAUUCUGGUAUGAGCAUGAAUGAGGCACAAGCAGAUGUGGCUGGCUUUCGUUUGCCUCCUUGGUGAAGUCUUCGGAUAUCAAAUAAUGAAUCAUCUUUGAUGGAAUGUUUUACGGAGAGAUCAGGAUCUGUCUCCGAGUGGCGGGACCAUAAGGAGAUUUGACCCAUAUCAACUUGAGGACCAUGUCAAGAUUACUCCAUGCCAAAAGGAAGGACUUGCCAUAUUUUGUCAUGGGGAGGGGAGUUGCAUUUCAGGAUUUUGUACUUGGCAUUAUCAGCUGCCCGCGAUGUAAAUGAUAGUACCUUAUUUGCCAUUUCAUCGGGGAGGGGUUGAGGGGGCAGGAAACUUGUUAAUAGUCUUCAUGGUGGUCAGGUGUCUAUGUCAGUUACAGGCCACAAUAGACAUGCUAGAAUUCUUAACACCUUCAGCGUCGAACUACAUAGAUCUAUGUGGCCCAAUUCCCCCUCUGAGCUGGUUAUCGGAGUCUCAUGGACUUCAUCGAAGAACUAUACCAUCGCCAUCUUCAGGGCUAGGUAGGAACUGAAAAGACUCGUGGUCUUCAUGAAAGAACUACGCCAUCGCCAUCUUCAGGGCAAGGUAGGCACUGAAAAGACCAAACCACUGAAAAACAGAAUAAAGCUGUUCCGACAUCGGGAAUUUUUAGGGGGGGGGUGAAAAGGGGCUCAUUUUGGUCAUUUUUCAACCAAAAAAUAAGAUAUAGUAAAGGAGUGUAGCAAACGUUACUCUAUUGAUUCAAGAAGACCUUGUCUUUGAGAAGUUACUGCAAAAGACCUGAUGUAGCCAUCUCUUAUACUUUUUUCUUCUGGGGGUCUGAAAAUGGGGUGUUGGGGGUGGGGGUUGAAACACCGGCUGAAGGUGUUUAUGGCUGGUGAAAUUGAAAUGCCUUUGACCCCUUUGAAAUAUUUUGAUGAAAGAUUCUGGCGAAUGUAUUGUGGUCUGUUAGUGUUACCUGAAUAUCAAUCAACUUGAAUCGCCACUUUGGCAUGAGGUGAUCAUGAGAUGGUCCCUUAAUGAGGCUACACUACUUCUAAAUAAUAUUUUUUGGUGCUUGUUUUAAAAUUCACGUAAAGCAGUGAAAGCAUGAGGUACUGAACUAUAAUCUCAGUUUUAAUUUUGAUCAUUUCUAUCAUUUGUAAAUGAACGGCAACUCUUUAGCGAGUUAUAUUUAUUUGUUAUGAGUCGUCACCACAUUGAGGGACUUAUACUGUGUCUUCCCUGCAUUUUGAUUUUAAACGCCUCGAGAUUCCAAUACAGACAAAACAGUAAUAUUGGGCUGAAGAAACAGACAGGUGAUGAUGAUCUAGGUCCAAGGUUGCUACAUCAACACUGAAAUUCUUCAUAGAAAGCCUUUUGACAUGAACACAGUGUAGUGUGUUCCUCUCACAUGAACGAAAAAUGUGUACACCCUUAUACAGUGCAGUGUGUAGUGAUCAUUGUUCUAGUUGAACUGAAAUAAAUGAAGUAAUACAUGUACUAUAAGGCAAGGAAAAAUGCAGAUUUGACCUGCUCUUGCAUGCUUCCCUUCCAUGAAGACUUAUGUCCUGAAGUUGGAAGUUGUUGUCAAUAUCCUAAUGUGUUCAUAAAAACUAAUAUUUUAUUGAUGUUUUAUAUAUGUCGAUGUAACAUUUUGUAGAAUGAUAGUUAUUUAGGUUUUUAUGUACAGAUCAACAGAAAGUAUUUUUUGCCCAAAAUUUGAGGUUCGUCUAACUUCACCACAUCCUUGGAUUCAGGCUUUUGAUACUCUUAGAAUAAUCGUAAUUGAAAAAUUCUAUUGGAACCAGUGACCAAAGUCACUGGUUCUCAUCGAAUGUAUUUCCUUGCAUAUAUCAGGCCCAACUGAUGAUAGAUAAGUAUCAUAUCUUAGAAGGUAUAAGCACACUGACUUGGCCUUGUAUAAUGGACUAAAAUGCUGGUCCGGUUGAACCAGAUACAUGCAAGGUUUACUGUCGUUUAUACAUCAGUCAGAACUCCUGUGCCAAUGUAAAACUCCUAUGCCUAUGUGAAGAUAUGCAGAUGUGUAAACGUUAUGCUUGAGCAAUUGUUAUGCUUGACGCAGAGUCUGUAUUUCAUCGAACUUUUGUACUAUAAACUGCCUUGCAGACAAGCUGCCUCCUGUGACCCCCACCAACUACCACUUUUACCCACAGACGAGAAUUCUUUUUGUUGCAGUUUGCAGGGACAGAAAGCGUUUGUUUGCGAGGCACUUAAGCUUAUGUCUGAUAUGAUCGGUAAUAAAUGUUUUGUCGCAAAA